AUGAUCUUGGCAAAUUCUUGCCGCCGCAUCCUCAGCAUCGGAGCCCGUGGCCGUCCCGGCUACUUGCUACCGCAACCACUCCACCUAGGAAUAGGAUCCUUGCUCCGCCGCAUCACCAAACCCGCUGCCGUUUGUCGAUCGCCCGCGCUCCGUCGAUGCUACUGCACCUCCCAGCCCGUCGACCCCCGGCCCCGUUCGUACCACAGUCCGCUCAAGAUCGCCUCCGCGGCAGUUCUACUCUCCGGCGUCACGGGCCUCACGGCAUUAGCCUACUACCGCCCGUACCUCGACAUCGAGGUCGUGCCCUACACUAAUCGGACUCAUGUGGUCGUCCUCUCCCCCCAGUCGGAGCGCGAGCUCUGUGUUCGCCGCUUCGACGAGGACAUGAACAAGUACGCCGCCGAGACCCGGAUCGUUGACCCGCUCCACCCCGACACUGUCCGCGUCCGACGCAUCCUCGAGAAACUCAUCCGCGCCGCUCACCGCAACCUCGGCAUAGACAACAACCACGACACUGUGAUGCUCUCCUCUCAGAAGGAUGCGCAGGAUCUGGAUGACGAGACCCGAAGAAAGCAGCAGGGUAAGAAAUCAGGCCGUCCGCAGCCGCACGCCGGACAUCUCCGUGGGCUCAAGUGGGAGGUCAUCCUUGUCAAAGAUAAUCAGGCCAAUGCAGGCUGCGUGCCCGGCAAGAUAAUGGUCACCACCGGAUUGCUCGAUGUUCUCAAGACUGACGCUGAGAUUGCCGUUGUUCUUGGCCACGAGGUGAGGUAG